AUGCGCUUGAUUCCGGAGAAUCUGAUUGGAGGUCGAUGGUUGAAAUCACCUCUAGUUAAGGCUGUGCAUGUUGUCCGAUUCGAAGAUGUAGCAACGCAUGUUUUUGUUGAUGAGAAGAAAAAUGCGCAAGCAAUUUUAUUGGGAGAAAUGUUGGGUUUGUACCAGGCUGUAUCUGUCAAUAUUGAUCAAAUUCAUGAGCUGACAUCUAUAGUUCGUGAAGCAAGACAACAGAUUUUCGCCGGCGGAGUAGUGACAUCUACAGCACAGAAGAAGAAGCUAAUUGAAGAAUUUUAUGGGGCAGAGGCACCCCAGGAAGUAGAUGUUCAACCACCUGAUGUCGUCAGCACGAAGGGAUCUGGUAGUAGACUCCCGUCAAGAGUGGAGAAGGCUUUGAAGAUUAAGAGCAAGCCUUUGCGUCAAUGCAAGAAAUGUCAGGAGUGGGGUCACCACGAUUCAAGGAAUUGCGACAAAUUCAAAGAGAAAGAAAAACGACGCUCAAGAAGAAAUUCUGAAGUUUGA